CUGAGCCCAGCCCAGCCCGGGGCGCUCCCGGGACUCAGCCCGCCCGCCCGGAGCCAGGCACAGGGAACGGGUAAUAACCGAAGACGCCUCACAGCAGGAAAGUGAGAUCAGAUUGGCAGUGCAGCAGUGAGUGCCAUGAUUGAAGACAAGAUAAAAAGCAGGCUACAGCAAAAGCCUGCCUCCAUUUAACUCUGCUUUAGCAUCAGCACAGCCUGGCCAGAGCCUUUCCUCGAAGCAGGCAGCACAUGAUGUACAAAGAUGCAGCCUGGGCUUGUUUACUGAGAAACCAUUGGUUUGUUGAGAAACCACACAUGCCCUUCCCAGUCUACAUUUAUAAGAGGUGUGAGCUUCAUCUUUUCUCCCUGAAGCUAGGUUACAGCUGAGGAGUUCAAGAUGAUUCCAAAUUACUCUACUGAAGAAACUGUUAAAAGAAUCCACGUGGACUGCCCUGUUUCAGGUCGGCACAGCUACAUCUACAUUAUGGUUCCAACUGUUUACAGCAUCAUCUUUAUCAUAGGCAUAUUCGGGAACAGCCUGGUCGUCAUUGUCAUUUACUGCUACAUGAAAUUAAAAACCGUAGCCAGCAUCUUUCUGCUCAACCUGGCCCUGGCUGACUUGUGCUUUCUGAUAACUCUGCCCCUCUGGGCAGCCUACACGGCCAUGGAGUACCAGUGGCCUUUUGGCAACUGUUUGUGCAAGCUGGCCUCGGCGGGGAUCAGCUUCAACCUGUACGCCAGCGUGUUCCUGCUGACGUGCCUGAGCAUCGACCGCUACCUGGCCAUCGUGCACCCGGUGCAGUCGCGCAUCCGCCGCACGGUGUCCGUGGCCCGCGGCACCUGCGUGGCCAUCUGGCUGCUGGCCGGCGUGGCCAGCCUGCCCGUCAUCAUCCACCGCAACAUCUUCUUCGCCGAGAACCUCAACAUGACGGUCUGCGGCUUCCGCUACGAGAGCAACAACACCACGCUCCGCGUCGGGCUGGGCCUAUCCAAAAAUCUGCUGGGCUUUUUAGUUCCUUUUCUGAUCAUCUUAACGAGCUACACCUUAAUUUGGAAGACGCUGAAGAAGGCAUAUCAAAUUCAAAAAAACAAGACUAGAAAUGAUGAUAUCUUCAAGAUGAUUGUAGCAAUUGUGUUCUUCUUUUUCUUUUCCUGGAUUCCUCAUCAAGUGUUCACUUUUCUGGAUGUGUUGAUUCAAUUACAUGUAAUAACAGAUUGCAAAAUCACUGAUAUAGUGGAUACAGCUAUGCCCUUCACCAUUUGUAUCGCUUACUUUAACAACUGUCUGAAUCCCUUCUUUUAUGUGUUUUUUGGAAAAAACUUUAAAAAAUACUUCCUUCAGCUAAUUAAAUACAUCCCACCAAAUGUCAGCACACAUCCAAGCCUCACAACCAAAAUGAGCUCCCUCUCCUAUCGGCCACCAGAAAAUAUCCGCUUGCACACCAAAAAGACUGCUGGGCCUUUCGACACCGAUUGAGGCAUUGCACAAAGUCCUCCUUUGGAACAGCCUUGUGUGUGAAGCACCAAGAACAGCAAGAUUCAUCUGCGGUCGUGAACAUCACAGCUCAUUACAGCAACACUGGAUCACCUCAGAGAAAUCAUACUGGAAAGAGUCAGCAGCGGCCUUACAGCUUUCGUUGUAAAGAGGACUGCUUCGUUAUCAUUUCACUUUACUGAAAGCAGCCUAAGUGUUGGACAGGUGUGUCACAGUUCCUGCCACAUCCCACUGUUUGCUUGCAACUAUGAAAGAAGGGGAGGGAAAACUCCUGACUUAAGUUCACAGGUGUUUCAAAAGGAAGCACUUGUAUAAAUAACAUUAAAUGCAAUGAACCUGACUUGCAUAUAUGUGAGCUAUUCUGUUGAAGAAGUGGAGCUUUUUUUUGUUUUGUUGGUUUAUUUUUAAUUACAUAAAUGUCCUAUAAUCAUAUUUAUAAUAUAUUUUCAAAUAUAUGCUAUAUAUAGAGGCCCAAUUUUAAACUCAAAUGGAAAUUUAAGGUUCUUGAAAUUGGUCUUAUUCUGAUUUAUGCUACUAUUUUUAAUGGCAAUUUUUUCAUAAUAAUAUAUGCAAUAAAAUGCAGAUUUAUUUAUUAAAUAUAGAAUAAAUAUAUUUUUAGAUUUAUAUUCCUACUCAUACAUUUCAAACAUUGCUUCAGAAAUGUACAUUUAUAUGUCAGUGGGUAUUUUUGUAGUAGUUAACAAAAUAACUGUGUAUGUGCACAGAAUUGGGGCUCACUCAGCCUUUCUUCAUAACAAGCCACCCUGACUUUGAAGAACUUUAUAUACAGAGGGAGUUGACUCCAUACUCUGUAUGACUAAAAUUUAAAAAUUUCAAAUUCCUGCACAUUUAGUAAACUCAUAUACUGAUAAGCAAGAAUAUGACAAUGCUUAUGCAUCAGUUUAUCUAAUAAUACCUUUAGUCCCAUCACAAAACAUCCGAGAUCAAACUUUACUCUUGGUUUUUAUGGAAUUUCUCUCCAUUUAUUGAAAAUUAUGCCCAGAGUAUUUUCUCCCUGUAGAACAUUAUUUAUUUAUAUGGAACAAAUUCAGAUUUAUACUAGCAUAAAUCAGAACUAAAGUCUGGCUCAAAUUCUCAGUACAAAUCAAGAGGAAGGGAGACAAGCACUGUGGGAAGUUUCUACCAAUGAUAUCCUCAUAUGUGUCCUUUUUACCUCAAAUAAUGAACUUCAGAUAAUAUUUAUGCUUGAUUCACACCCAUUUAUUGUCUUCAAAGAUAAAGGAGUUCAUAAGUACUUUUUGAGAUUACAGAACUUUAAAAAAUCCAAAACUUUACAUAUAUCAUCUAGAAAAUUACAUGCCCCUUGAGGAUUUGUGGUAUUUAUUAUCUUCAAAAUCGUACAUAUAAUGUGGCUUUGUCUCAAGUAGCGAGUGGUUGGAUAAUCCAUAUUUUCUGAUUAUCAAAAUCAAAACACAACAAAACAGUUAUUCCUGUAGUUUAAUACUUUUUAAGGAAAAAAUGGGACUACAGCCAGGUCUAGAAAUCUUCCUACUCUUUCGUUCACCUAUACUAAGGGACUUUUUUUUCAGUUUUGCCUUUGUUCAUCCAGCUGCAAAAAUGGGAACAGUGCAUCUACUCAUACAUUGCAAGGCAUUCUGAGUCACAACUUCUAAAGCUGUUUGAUAAAAAAAACUCACCUUCAUUAAAACUUUAAGUUAAUUUAAUUGCAAGCCAGCAUCUUGACAUUUGAAGCCUGAACAUCAUUUAACUAUGGCAUUUAAAGACAUUUGAAUUGUUAUACUGAAUACUUUGUGUUUAUCUCAUAUGCUCACAUGUGAGACAGCCAUUUGCUUAAAUUGGCAAUAACCUCAUGCAUUAUCAAUAGCACCCAGAAGAGGACUGGUGCCCCAGCCCUCUCUAAGCUGACAAAAGGCUGGCAGAGAUUGCCAUUUAUCUGUAUUUUGUUCAUGGACACACAUGCACAUGCUGAGCAGCAUCAGGAGCUUCCCUUGGCAGAAGCAUCUCUGUCCAGCCAUAAUUCUGCACACUGUGCUUGCCACCUGCUGGAUGCAGCCACAAAUUUGCUUUACAUUUCAGAUUUGUUACAGGAAGAAACAGCAACACUUCUCUGCCACCUGAAGGAUCUAAAGAUCCUCAUUUGUGGCAAAACUCCUCUAUAAAUAAAACACAAACUUGUCCAUCUGGGAGGCCAGUAAUUUCCUUGACAGAGUCUAAGCAAGCAUUUUCUCAUCACCUGCUCAUCCCUUUGGUCACUGAAACCCAGUGUCCCCAGUGACCACAACAGGGAGCUCAUUUCAAAACAUUGAUUGCAUUACUACAAGAGCAGUCUCAAAGAGAAGACGAAAAAAAUCAAAGCCAUUGGUUACUCAUCUUGAUAAUUUCAUGCCAGAUCCUGCAGUUUUAAGAGGCUGUGUAUCCUAAGCUACUGGUGCCACCUGCAUCUGUCUGUGCCAUGUGAAAGAGCAGGAGCAUGCACAUUCAGCUGGAGGGAAGGUAGGAAGGGAUUGCACCUGGUGUGCUCUGAGGGCAGCACAGACCUUGAAUCGAUAGGCAAAGAAAGUGGAGGGGAAAGCUUUCCUAAAUAAAGCAGGGAAAUUUUUGUUCUCCUAAGCAGUAAGGAAACAAUCAUCAGCUGCCAAAUAUGCUAGCUCCUUAAAAGAAAAAAAAAAUAAAACCAACAAAUCAGCAGAUACUGUAAAGAGCCCAGAGAUAAAACUUUCCAGCAAGUCUAACUGGGCAACAGCAGAAAGUAAACUCCUUGGAGCACAGAGUUAUUGUGUACAACCAGAUGCUGCUGUUUCACAACACCCCAAACUGACAGCUAAGGGAAGAGCCCACAGGAUGGACAUCCACACCACUUCCAUCAUGUAUCUGCAACCGAGGCAGGUGCUGGGAAAUGUGUUAUUGCUGAGCCUUACACUCCCCUGCCCACCUGUGCAUGGGGCAGGCACAGGAGACAGUCUGGCCUUUGCUGGGGACCCUUGGCUCUGUGCUCCCUACUGAGGGGCAGAAAAUCCUUUGGUGCAAGGACCUACCCAAUGCCAGCAAAGAAGGGGGUAAGAUUUGGCUCUGUAUGACUUCGCCAUCUUUGGUGAACUUUGCAUUGAGUCUUCUUAAUAUCAAAAGAAAAACUGGCUGUAGAUGUUUAAGAGCAAACUCCCAUUAGCUUAAAAAACACAAGGUUAAAACUAUUAAUAUGCAAUAGUAUGCAGUUAGUUUUAAAAGGAAUAUCCACAGUGCUUUUCAUUCCUGUGAUGACCAAAGUAAAAUACUGCAAACUCUGAGUCUGUCCUUGUACCCUGCUGUUGUGAGGAACCCAAGUCAGUUCUAAUGGGAACAGCAUAUAACCCUAAAUGCAGGCAUUACAGCCCUCAUUCCACCACAACUUGAUUUCUUUGAACGAACACCUUUUAUUUCUGCUGAAUAAUUACUAAAUUACAUAUUUGCCAUGUACAUGCAUAACAUCUAUUUUUAUUUAUUGUGCAAUAGUACUUUCUAUGACUCAUGUUUUGUGCUCUACUCCCUGCUUGCUUGCUCAUUGUACACCCAUCCUAAAUCAUACUGUAUAAUCUACACUGGUUAGCCCAAAUUCCAACAAAACCAUUACAGAUAGAGCAGGAAUUCAUCUGGCUUCUUGGCCUAACAAUUUCCUCAUGUUUACAUUGUUAAUCAAGAGUUUGCAGAGUAAGCACAAGACUAAAAGUCCUUUACUUUGCCAGCAUUACUAUUUCUAUUGUCUACGUGAAACUGUGACAGCAGCAGAGAAUAGAGUAAGUUUUCUAGUUUUGCUUGAAUAGCUUCAGCAAAGGUUUCUUUUGAUAAACCUGACCUCCUUUUAAGUAUACUAAAGUGCAGGUAUUCCCAGGGAAAUAUUUGCCACUGAAAGAAGAAACAAAUCCUUGGGAGAGGGUGGUUGAAGGCCUAAAACAGGGACUUGUUGAAUUUGUAAAUAUUAAGUGUUAAAUGUAAAUAUUUAUUUUUGGUUUUGCAACAGACUGGGGGGAAAAACACACACAGACAAAAAGAAUAAAUCUUUCAGCUUAGUGCAAAGUGAGGGCUGUUCCAUCCAUCACUGAGUGCACCUCCACAGCGACCUCCCAGCCAAGGCUGAACUAACAAACCCUCAAUGCUACAGCCCAGCUCAAGCUCAGUGUCACCAGCGAGCUCUGCAGAUGUGGCAGGACACUCAAGGGAUGGGGACAGAGCAGAUCAUGUCUGAGAACAGCAUUGUGUGAUUUUUUUGCUGAAAUAGUGCCAUGGGCACCAGCUUUGCAGUUGGCAAGUUAGAUAACAAAAUCUAGGUGGUUUUUUUUUCCAAUAUUUUCGUGCAGUUGUAAUUUGUAACUCGUGGAUGUUAAAUGUUUUCUAUUUCAAUAGCCAUGGUUUUAUAUCAUAGAAGCUUACCUUGAUUAUAUAAAAACUUUCACUGUCUGAAGUAUUACUAAAACCACACAGGUCAUCAAUAAAUGCCUUUGUGAAAGUCA